AAAGAUCUGACGCAACACCCUGCUGCCAGUGGAAAAUUCAACAGUCAGUUAAUAAGAUCUUCCGUUUCAGAUCAUGAUGUUGAUCUACCUAUUGAUCACAGUCCUGGGAACAUCAGCUUUGGCAAAAGGGCCAACGGAAUGUAAUUUAACAAACCCUAGUGAAGAUCAACACUGUUUUGGAGCGCUUGUAGAGCCGCUGUUUUUUUACCUGCUGACCAGUGAGAAAGAGAAAAUACUGCUGAAAAGAAACGAGGCCACAGUUUUUAAGUCUGACAGUAAUGCUAAACACAAAAAUAACUAUGAAUAUUUCAAUAAUGGAACAUUGAAGGUUGAUAAGACAACAAAAAAUGACUCAGAAAUUUAUCAACUAGAAGUAUAUUCAUCCAGCAGUGGGAUAUUGCAGAGGAAAAUCAAACUCCGUCUAUACAUUAUUGCCCCAGUAUCGCAACCUGCCGUGUCUCAGACCUGUUUGUCACCACAGCAAAUGUCAGUUAACUGCUCAGCGAAGGGAGAUGAUGUGGAGUUCACUUUGGCAUUGGACGAAAACCUGUUGAUACAGACCAAAGUUGAGCAUGGGGAGAAUCAAAGUGUUUCAAAUGUUAUCCUCACCUUACAUGGUCAGCUGGAAGGAAACCUGGUGUGUAAAGUUUGGAACAAGGUCAGCAGUGAACAGACAGACAUUCACCUAAUAAGCUGUAAAGACACAAGUGAUGUGACUGUGGCUGUGACAGCUGUAAUCUGUGUUCUAUUGCUUCUUUUGGCCUUGUUUCUUGGUUUCAAGGCCUUCAUUAAGAGAAGGAGUCGUGCAUCUCUCAGAGAAGUGAGUGCUGACGUUGUGUAUGCAGAUGUUCGAGUGAGGCGGACUGCCUUCAAGUAGGAUGGUUAGGUUGCUAACCACAAUAAUCUAAAAAGUGUGUU